AUGGACGCAGAGGCCGACGAGGGACUGCGACGCGGACUGCUGCUGCCCAUUGACAGCUGUGACGAUGCGGCAACGCGACACAGGCAACGAAAUAGAAACCCGUCAUCGGAGGACGUAAGGCGAACGGUGCUGUCGCCCUGGGAGAAGUGGACAACUCACGGCCGCUUUCCAUACAAGCUGAUGCUGCACGUAGCUCUUUUGCUGCUAACCUUUACCCAAAUGCAGCUAUUCGAUGCCCAGAAUGCUGCUUACAUGCGCGCUUCUUAUCGAAACUGGGCGUUCUUCUUCCUUCCUCCUGCCGCAGAUAUUGGCGUCGUACCUCGAUUCGAGCGAGAUUUCUAUACGAUCAAUCGCACGAUGACGGCAGUGCACUAUCUGCGCGAUGCCUAUUUCUCCAUCGGUAAUGUCUCUGUUGCUAACUACGAGUACCUGCACACGGACUCAGGAAGUAUCCAGCCACUCAUGGUAACAAUCAGCCGUGUGCUUCCUCACGGUGAGCUCGAGACUCGGGACUAUCUUGUCUCGCAGAACGACGAGAGUGUAGGACCCUUCGAUCCGAAACUGACUUUAUGGCAGAAAAAGCAUUUGUUCGGAUCACUGCGCAGUAUCAGAUUCUCCUUCUCACUUCGCGAUCGUCAGUUCGGAAACUUUUACGAAGAGUGCUUCGAGUGGCACGUGAAUGUGGGCUUUCAAGUUGUCAAAGGCGCUCAAAUUCACGUUCAGCUAAAAGAUUGCGAAGUCUCGCGCUGCGCCAGUGUGCACCCGCGUUCGUUCUGGGCCACAGCUAUGCAGAGCUUUGUUUGGAUGCAUGCAAUAGUUGCGGUGAUUUCGCUACUGUACAUGACGCUCAGUCUCAAGGCCCUGCGGCAUUCAUUUCGUGUAAUGACUCAAGAUCGAUGUGAUUUCCGUCGAGAUGCUAGAGGUGAUCAAAGAAAGAAGGAAAACGGGCUGCGUGGUGCAGCUACUGGUGGUACUAGCGAGGACAGCUUGCAUUUUUGCACCGGAACACGCUGCGAACAAACGAAAGCGUCGACGGAAGUUUCGUGUAUGCUACGAGUCAAACUCCUCAACAGCUUACAGCUGCUAGUUCUUACUUCUCUAGCCCUGCUACUUGCAAGUUCCGUGUGGAGUUUACUUUCCUUGGAAGCUCACAUGCCGAUUGGGUUUUGGCAUCGAUUGCUCCAUGCAACAGCGCUGCUGCUGCUUUGGAGUUGUCUUGUCGGGUAUCUUGAGCACAAUCGGCACAUUUUUUCAAUUGUGUUGACACUGAAGUGGGGAACACCUCGUGUGCUGCAGUUUUUGCUGGGUGUAUCUCCGAUAUUCGUCGGGUACGCCCUUUUCGGAACAAUCUACUUUGGAAACAAGAUCGAGGAGUUCGGCACACUGAGCGGGUCGAUGGUCACGUUGUUUUCGCUGAUGAAUGGAGAUGCGAUCAUGGAUACGUUUGACGGGAUGGAGCUCCACCAGUUUAUCGUAUCAGGAAAAGUGUACCUGUACUCUUUCACGUCGUUGUUCAUGUACGUGGUCCUGAACAUAUUCAUCGCCAUCAUCGAAGAGGCCUUUUUUGCCACACAAUCUUCUCGCCGCCAGGUCAGUGAUCGCCUUUCUGAUCAUCGCAUCUCUCGGUCGGCAUAG